AUGGAUGACACAAUAGAAAAAGCUGCCGGCGAUGAUGCCCAUUUAGCCCAGAUGGGCUACGCGCCUGAAUUGAAACGGAAUUUCUCUAUGCUGUCUAUGCUGGGUCUUGCUUUUGCUAUUUUGAACUCAUGGACUGCUUUGUCGACAAGUUUAUCUCUCAGUCUGCCUUCUGGAGGUAGUACAAGUGUGAUCUGGGGUCUGGUCACUGCCGGUAUCUGUAAUCUCUGCAUGUCCGCAUCCCUCGCUGAGUUCCUUUCUGCCUAUCCCACUGCAGGAGGUCAAUAUCACUGGGUGGCGGUCAUUUCAUGGACAAAGUGGAUGCCAGUUCUGUCCUGGAUCACUGGAUGGAUCAACUGUGCUGGCUGGGUCGCUCUGGUAGCUACCGGCGGUCUUCUCGGUAGCCAGCUGGUUAUCGGAGUCAUCUCCUUGAUGCACCCCGACUACGUUUCCCAGCGCUGGCACCAAUUUUUGAUCUACAUCGGAUACAACAUUGCUGCCUUCCUCAUCAACGCUCUCACCAACCACAUUCUCCCCUACUUCAACAAGGCUGCCUUCAUCUGGUCCAUCUCUGGUUUUGUCAUCAUCUGCAUCACCGUGCUGUCAUGCGCGUCGCCCAACUACAAUUCCGGAAAGUUCGUCUUUACAGAGUUCCUCAAUGAGACUGGAUGGCCCGAUGGAAUUGCCUGGCUGCUUGGUCUUCUACAAGGAGGACUUGGUGUCACUGGCUUUGACGGUGUCGCCCACAUGAUUGAAGAAAUCCCCAACCCCUCUGUAGAAGGUCCCAAGAUCAUGAUCUAUUGUGUCGCAAUCGGCACAGUAACUGGUUGGAUCUUCCUUGUCUGUCUACUCUUCGUCGCUGGCAGCAUUGACAAUAUCAUCAGCUCCUCAGCCGGCCCCCUUCUCGCUAUCCUGAAGAACGCAACCCAGAGUAACGCCGGUGCCAUCUGCCUGCUCAUCUUCCCGCUCGUGUGCAUGCUCUUCGCCACAACCGCUAUCAUGACCACGAGCAGUCGUAUGUGCUACGCGUUUGCAAGAGAUGGCGGCCUUCCAGCGUCGAAAUUCUUCUCAAAGAUCCACCCCAAGUUGAACGUUCCUCUGAACUCGCUCUACCUCAACCUUUUCCUCGUUGUCGUCUUCGGAUGCAUCUUCCUCGGUUCAUCAAGUGCUUUCAACGCCAUCAUUUCCUGCUCUGUCGUGUUCCUCGACCUUGCAUACGGCAUGCCCAUUGCCGUCAACGUCAUGCGUGGACGCAAGACACUACCCGAUCGAGCCUUUACUCUUCCCAACUGGUUUGGCUGGAUCAUUAACAUCAUCUCUCUGGUCUAUAUCGUCCUCACAACUGUUCUCUUCCUCUUUCCUCCUGACCUUCCCGUUACCGGUAGCAACAUGAACUACUGUGUUGUUGUGCUGGCUAUUGUCGUUAUCAUUUCUUCGCUCACUUGGGUCUUUGAUGGUCGUAAGAAUUACAGUGGACCUACGCUUGAGAUUGAGGGACAGAUUGGGGAUAUACAAAUUGCUUACUCAGAAGACCCCAGCAAGAAGCAGUAA